UCUUUUCAUUUCAAAUAAGUCAAAAAAAUCUGUGUAUAUUAUUAAUAAUGAAAAUUUGUUUUUUAUUAUUUUUCCUCAGCUUCAUUUUAUUAAUUCAUAAAAAUUUGGCUCUAAAAUGUCGUACGGGCAAUCGUCAAACGAACGAACAAUUUCGAAAAGUGAUGCAAAUUUGUCGACGACGAAAUUCACACAAUGGAAGAAGUGGAGAUUAUUCAAAUUCGGAUUCAGAUUCCAAUGAAUCGGAUUCAAAUGAAGAUUUAUUUGAAAAAAAAAUUUUAUCUGGUAAUAUUAAUCGAAAAAAUAGUCAUUCCAAUAAAAAUGGAUCGAAUUAUCGAGAAAGAUUUGGAAUGAGACAAAAAAGACAUGAUCAAAAAUUAAAUUUUCGAGAAAAUAACAUGGAUCAACGUUUUUAUGGUGAUAAAAAUAAAAUAUUAAAUCGUAAUAGAAAUUCACAAAAUAACACUAGUUAUUUUAAUCAAGAACACGAGAAUCAAAAAUCAGUUUGCGUUAUUCAGUGUUUUUUCAACGAAUUGAAUUUGGUAGAUCAACGUGGAUUUCCGGAAAUGAGCUCCGUUACGGAAAUAAUGACGGAAAAUAUAAUGGAUCCGGAAUUAAGUGAUUUUGUUGAAGAAUCAAUUUACGAGUGUUUUCAAUAUUUGCAAAAUAAUCGAAAUCAAGACAAAUGUAAAUUUUCACAAAAUUUACUCACUUGUCUAUCUGAUAAAGGACGUGAGAGAUGCGACGACUGGAAUGACGAUUAAAUAUUUAAAAAAAAUCUCCCCUGUGCAGUUAAAAACGAAAAAUCGACAAUAAUUUAUAAUAAUUAAAAUAAAAUAAAAAAAAAUUAGAAAAUUUAUCCAUUAUAAUCGAUAUUUUUUCUUAAAUUGUUUAUUAUUUUUUCCUUAUUAUAAUUAAAAGUACUUAAAAACAAUUGAUUUCUAUUUUAUUUCUAUUUAAUUAAUUAUUUUUUAUUUGUUAUGUUAUGAUAAUAAUGAUAAUAAUAGAAAAAGUAAAACAAAUAAUAUUAAAAAGUCCAUUGUGAACACAGCCUAAAAUAAUUCAUCCCUAGCAAUAGUGUCACAUUUCAAACGUUUCGCUCUAC